AUGGCUUCCUGGAAAGCCUCAUUUGCUCCCCUGUUUCGGGGUGCCGCUAGGCUCACCGAAAGCCUUACAGCAAGCAAUGCCGCAUUCUCGUGCAAAUCCUCACUCAAAAAUUCACCAUGGAAAUGUAAUACUUCAAGCCCGACAUUAACCCCCAUUCGCCGGAUGGCAAGUUACAAGCGCGAGAAGCCUCACGUCAACAUUGGUACCAUUGGGCACGUCGAUCACGGAAAGACUACUUUGACCGCUGCCAUUACAAAGACUCUCUCUGCCAAAGGACAGGCAAACUUCCAUGAUUACGCUUCUAUCGAUAAGGCUCCCGAGGAGCGGGCCCGUGGUAUCACCAUUUCGGCCGCUCACAUUGAAUAUGAAACUGAUAACCGCCACUACUCCCACGUCGACUGCCCUGGACACGCUGAUUACAUUAAGAACAUGAUUACUGGUGCUGCCUCUAUGGAUGGUGCUAUUAUUGUUGUUGCUGCUUCCGAUGGUCAAAUGCCCCAAACCCGUGAACAUCUUCUCCUUGCCCGUCAGGUCGGUGUCCAGAGAAUUGUCGUCUUCGUUAACAAGGUCGAUGCCCUCGAGGACCCUGAGAUGUUGGAACUUGUUGAAAUGGAAAUGCGCGAACUCUUGUCCAGCUACGGCUUUGACGGUGACGAAACGCCAAUUAUCAUGGGAUCUGCUCUCUGUGCUCUCGAAGGCCGCCGGCCGGAAAUUGGUGAACAGAAGAUUACCGAGCUCCUCCAGGCUGUCGAUGACUACAUUCCUACCCCGGUCCGUGACCUUGACCAGCCUUUCUUGAUGCCUGUUGAAGACGUUUUCUCCAUCGCCGGACGUGGUACUGUCGCCACCGGACGUGUCGAGCGCGGAAUGCUGAAGAAGGGUGACGAAGUCGAGCUCGUCGGCUUUGAGACCACCCCCAUCAAGACCAUCGUCACCGGCCUCGAAACUUUCAAGAAGGAACUGGACUCCGCCCAGGCCGGUGACAACGCCGGUCUCCUCCUCCGUGGUGUCAAGCGCGAGCAGAUCCGCCGCGGAAUGGUCGUCGUCAAGCCCGGCACCACAAAGGCAAAGAGCAAGUUCCUGGCCUCCCUCUACGUCCUCACCAAGGAGGAGGGCGGUCGCCACACCGGAUUCCACGGAAACUACCGCCCCCAGAUGUUUUUGAGAACCUCGGAUAUUGCCGUCACUAUCGACUUCCCCGAGGGCACGGAGCAGGGCAAGAUGGUCAUGCCCGGUGACAACACUGAGGUCAAGUGUGAGCUCCACAAGCCCAUGGCUUUGGACCCCGGUCAGCGAUUCAACCUCCGUGAGGGUGGAAGGACCGUCGCCACUGGUCUCAUUACUCGGAUUUUGGACUAA